GGAGAGCCAGUGUGGAUGGGAGAGAGACCAGAGAGAGGAGGAAGGGUGCUGGCCUUCCAUCUGAGAGUAAUGAAGGACGAAGGAGGUGGACUUGGAGAAUGUGGAGGGCUCGAAGACACACAUCAUCCACUGCACCUGACCUAAGUAAGAAGGAGUUCAAAAAGGAAAAAGAGAGGCUGACCACAGAGCUGCACCUCCUCAUUCAGCUGAGAAAUGAGCAGAGAGAUCACCUGAUCGAUUUCAAAGAGAGUUCCAAUUACAAUAGGACCAAGCCCACCCAGAAGAAAAAUCCAUUCUAUGAACAACUGAGAUCAACGAAGAACCAGGUCCUGUCUUCUGUGCAUAAGUUAGAGAUGGGGAUAAUUGAGGCCCAAGAGAAUAUCCAGGAGCUCAAUAAGUGGAUAGACUACUUUACAAACCUACAUAGCCAGCUCUUGAUGGAGAAGAAUCUUAAGAUGUCCAUCACACAGAACCAGAAGAACAAGGAAGUACAGAUUGAUUGGGCUCUCAUUGAGAAAUAUUUGGUUGCCUUGAACCUGAAUGGACAAACAGGAGCAGACCAGCAACCAUGAGACCCAACAACUUCAGGACUCAGCGACUCCAGCAAGAGCUGAAAUGUCCACAUCCCAGGAAGAGAGCCUCCUGCAGAAUGAGUUUCCACCUCAGGAGCCCCCUGCUGAACUCCAUCCCCAACAUCCACAGUCUACCUUGAAUGAAUCUUCUUACACUCAGUACAUUUACAAGGUGUGAAUAGGAGGAAGCCAGUGAGCCAGCUGAUUCAGGGUGUUGUUCCCUUUCCUGUUCUGGCAACACCACUUGAG